UGGCCUGGUCCACUCUCCCUCUCCCUCGCCUUUCAUUACCCCCUCUCGACCUUGUGAAUAUGGGUGUCCAGGUCGCUCCCCUUCCCGAUCCUAUUGUUCGUCACACGACGCUCAAGACCACCUUCACCGGCGUUCUGAGCUCUCUCUCCGCCCCCAACACGCCUGUCCUCCAGUUCAGGGGUAUCAAAUAUGCCAGCAUCCCCGCCCGAUUCCGCCAGUCGAGACUCUUCACAGCAUACCAUUCACAUACUGAUGCUACACGACAUGGUCCCAUUUGUCCUCAGCCCAGAGGCGCUCCCAUCGAGGAGACGCUCUUUGGCUUUUCCAAGGACGAAUGUCAACCGCAAAAUCUCAAGCAGAGCGAAUUCGAAUGCUUGAAUCUCAACAUUACUUGCCCUGCAGGCCUCACCCGCCAGUCGCGGAUUCCGGUGAUGAUUUGGAUCCAUGGUGGUGGUAACCGUGGAAGUGGAUCUCAUUGGCUCUACGACGGAGGCGCGCUUGUUCAAAGUAGCGUCCAGUUGGGGAAACCUAUCAUCCUCGUGACUAUCAACUAUCGUUUGGGUUUCCUCGGCUUCGCGGCCAGCCCGAAGCUAUUGGAAGAUAACUCGCACGCAGGAGACUUUGGUGUGGGCAACUAUGGCCUUCUCGAUCAACGGAGGGCGCUUGAGUGGGUCCAUCACUUCAUUGCUGAUUUUGGCGGGGAUCCAUCAAACAUCACCCUUAUCGGACAAGACACGGGCGCGUUUGACAUUCUCUGCCAUCUUACUUCCCAUGCCAAUGCUUCUUAUCCGCUCUUCCACCGCGCUAUCAUCCAGAGCCCUCUGAUCGAUACUAUCCCCGACAUCUCAAGCGCUGGCUCGCAUGUCUUUCGCGCCAUGUCCGCCCUGCAUCUCUCCACUGUCGAAGACUUGCGAAGAGUCGAUGUAGACAAACUCCUGUCGCUCAAUUUUUGUGGUCACGCGGUCAACGAUGGCACGUUCUUCAUUGAUGGUUGGAAGGAUCUUCUGUUCCCCGAGGUUCACCCCCAUCACCAGCACCGGGUGCACGAGCCGUUCGAAGCCCUUUCGCGGCACCUUGCCCACUCCCAUUCCCGAGUGCCGCAAUCCAUCAUGAUUGGUGACUGUGCAUGUGAGUCGUCUACCUUCGAACAUUCUGCAUCGCUGUGGACGCCAUCCGGCGCCGUGCGUCGCUUGAAGGCCAUCUGCGGGUCGCUCUCCCGCGCAGCCCCUCUUCUGCGAGCGUAUGACAUCGACACGCACACGCAUCCUGACGAGCUUCCGGAGCGUGUGCUCGAGCUCGUCAACGAUGCGCGUGUAGCAUGGCCGGUAGAUUGCAUCACCGAGACGUUCAGGAGUGCAGGAGCAGGCCAUGGCUCGAAGGUGUGGCGAUAUGUCUUCGAUCAAGAGACCCCUAAGCGUGGGAUCCCACACCACGGAGCGGACGUGCUGUUCCUCUUCGAUACUGCUCCUCCUGCGGACGACACUUCCUCGUUCGAUGCGUUUGAUUCUUUCGGCUCUUUUGACACAUUCGAAACCUUCUCCGACGAUGACGAAUCCGACGAUGGCGAUGUCUUCCCCGCCGACUCGGUAUCCUCCGGCUCGUCCGACCCCUACUGCUUCGGCGGCCAAUGGACUCUUCCACCUGUUUCGUUCUGCACAUAUACCAACAUCCGGACCACUCUCCAGGCCCGCUGGCUCACGUUCGCGUAUGGACAAGCGCCAUGGUCUUCGUCGGAGAACGCUGUGUUCGUGUUCGGUCCUGAGGGCGAAACUGGUGAGAGGUCGUUGGAGGUGUUCGAAGGGCGGAGGCGGAGGGCUGUCUGGAAGACGGCGUUGGCGUCUCUUGGCCUUGAUAUGGUCAGAAAAAUAGGGGUAGAGCUGGGCAACGGCCCCGUGAGCAACCAGUGCAUGGCGAGGAUAUAGCGGACGUUGCUUUGGGCGUUGGCGUUUCGACGCCUAUCACGGCUCAUGGUCCUCCCCGUCUUUGCUUGGUAUAUCUGCCAUCGAACGGUCUAUAAUCUUCGUCCUAUUCCUCCUCGAUGGCUUCUUCCGGAUUCCUCGAAGGACCAUGGGUCUCCGAUCUCAGCUGCCCCUGUCUCAUUAUUUCUUUCAUCUUUCAUCUCACGUCCGUACCUCCAUCCUCUAAAAACGUAGAUGAGAGCGCGGUAUGUUAUGUUUGUUUGGUUUCUUCUUUUCCAGGUCUCUCUCUGUCUGGUCUCAGGUUCCUCGGAUUAUUUUUCGGUUCAAGUUCUCUGCAUUCACGCCGCACCAUGUUCCGUACCACCGUAUGCAUUUAUCGUCUCUCGUCCCCGCCCUCGUCGCUCUCAUUUGCAUUAUGUAUUUUAUCCUAUAAGUCGCUUGCUAUUACUGCUUUGGAUAUUUACUCGACGUCUAUCACUACCUACGCUCAUGUCGCGCAUCUGCACCAGAAUUCAAGCCUCACGGCUGUGCAUCUCUGAUUCAUGUCAUACCACCGAACGUUGCCACGCUAUUAUUUGGAGAUAGAAAUUAUGACUUGAAUAACAUGGUUCGUGCAAGAG